GCCCCGCAGCUUACUCAUUGCCCUCUGUGCUGGGGCCCCGGAUAGUGGAGAGAACAUCAGCACCAAACUUCUCCAUGACGGGGAGAAGCAAGAUAGGCAGCUUCCAUGAGGAUCUGCAGAAAACACCUGGUCCAGGGACAUAUCGGGUUGUUGAUCCUGGGAUGUAUAAAUACCGACCUCCCCAAUACAGCAUAACUGGCCGCAAUAGCCUACCUGGUGACACCACGCAGAAACCAGGACCUGGAGCUUACAGCCCGGAGAAGGUCGUUUUUUCACGACCCCAAGCCCCAAAUUUCUCCUUUGGGAUCCGCCACUCAGAGUACGUCGCCCCGCUGAUUGUAGACGUUGCAGACUAACUGAACCAUGUGCCACAAACAAAGGAACCGGAAUGUGUUGCAGCUGAGGGGGGUCAUUUGAUUCACAUAAAUCUCUUUCCUGCAUCAGA